UUUAGCAAAGGCGAUAGGCCCGCGUUUGAUUAUUCGGUGCUUUUAGAUAAAGAUGACCGUUUAUCUUCAAUUAAAUUGUUUUGCUUGUUGAACUGUUUGCAAACGACGGCCCUGACGGGCGUUCCUGUGAGCGGUGCACGAAGGCCGGAACUUGAUCGACUGUUUGAGGAGGGCGCCAAAUAGGAAGAGCGUCAAAAGGGUCUAUGUCGUUCUUCUGUCUGCCUGCCUGUCCGUGUGUCUGUGUGUCUGUCUUCUUCCAAACAAACGGAAUAAGAAACUACACUGAGUAGUCCCUCGUCUUUACUCUCACACAUGAAGGCCUAUAGGCGACAUUCCUUGUCCCUGGUGUACUGACACGGAGCAACGUUGUGCGCGGACGAAUACGGAGGGUAAAAAAACAUGGAGACGGACAGUGUGAGCAUAUGGCCGCGCAUGGAGCCCUUCCUAUUAGGAGCCUUGCAGGUGGCUCCCCCGGCCAAGUUCAGCCUGCACUAUCUACGUAAGAUGGCAUCCUAUGUGCGCACUAGGGAUGGCUGCUUCCCUGAUUUAGGCUGGCCAAUGUGGAGGCAUAUUGCUUGUGGGAAGCUACAGCUCACAGAAGAUAUUGCAUGGCUCUACUUUGAGACCUUUGACCUUCUCAUAGGUCACACCCCUGAGGAGAGGUUAGGGUGGGCAGAGUCUCUAUCCCAGUGCACGUCUCCUAAAGAAGUGGACUGCCAAAGGAGCAAGUUAUCUGUGGACACACUGCAGUUCCUCCUCUUCCUCUACAUUCAGCAGCUUAACCGUGUGUCUUUGCGCACCUCUGUGAUCGUUGAAGAGUGGCCAAGCCCCCGCGCUCCCUCACCCUGCUCAGACCGAGAGGCCAAAACCAGCUCCCAGAACAAGAACUGGGACGACCAGGCUCACCUGUCAUUUGUGCAGAGCUACCUAGGUGACCUGCUAGAGCUGCUGAUGGAACCAGGCCAGUUGUCAGCCUCAGGACAUGUUAAACGAGAUAGCCAGGUAUCCCUGGAGGCUAUGCAGGGCUUGAGUCUGUUACUGGAGGGCUCACUGAGCCAUGGGAAAGCCAUCCAGCCUAUUCACAAGCUGCUGUCCAAAAUGCCUCUUCAGACAGAGGCAGGCUACUCCAAGCUCAGCUGCUCCUUCCCACAGCAUCAGCUACUCUCCUGUCUCCGACGCUACCUCACGUUCAACCCCUUUGGCAUGACUGCCUGCCUGUGCUCAGGCAAGAAACUGGCUUGGGCCCAACAAGUGGAAGGGGCAAUGAAAAGAGCCAAGAUAGCCAGGAAUACCCACACAGCUCCACCUGGCAGCAGGAUAGUGCUGAUGUCUCAAGUGUUCAAGCAAACCCUAGCUAAAAGCUCUGACAAGCUGACUGGUGCCAACAUCAAAAUCCACCGAUGCUCUGAUGCCUUCAUUUAUCUGCUCUCCCCUCUCAGAUCAGUCAGUAUAGACAAGUGCCGUAACAGCACAGUGGUCCUGGGUCCUGUGGAGAAAAGCGUCCACAUCCAAAACUGUGAGAAUAUGAGGGUGGUGGGUGUAGCUGGUCGCAUAGCUGUCGGAGCCUCUUCACACUGCACUGUCCAUGCCCUAACCCCCACCUGCCCUCUACUCUUACCUGGCAACACAGAUAUCACCCUGGGACCUUUCCAUACAUACUACCCUUUGUUAGAGGACCACAUGGCAAGUGUGGGGCUGGCUGUGGUGCCCAAUGCCUGGGACCAGCCUAUACUUCUGGGGGCCGAGGGUCUCAUCAACACCUCAUCCAACACCUCCAACCCAAACAUAGGCUGCUAUUGCUUACUUCCUCCUGCUAAGUUCAACUCUCUGGUGGUGCCUUUUAAGAUGGAGGGAGACACAUGUGAGGUGCCUGGAGGACUGCCUCCACCAUACCAGGCAGCAGUUGAGGAGAAGGAGCAGAGAAUUCAGAAAUGGCAGAGGACUGUAACGGAGGCCCACCUCAACAAGGAGCAGCGGCAUCAGUUCCAGGAGUUGGUAGAGCAGAAGUUCCAUGAGUGGCUUCUUGAAACAGGGCACAGGCAGGAGCUUGACAGCCUCAUUCCCCCCACCCUGCCCCCUGAGGUCUCCUCCACUGGCUCUUCAAAGGACUCUGCCAACUUGGCAGAUGGACACAGCCUAGUGGAUUCCAGGGCUAGCAAUUCCAAACAUGUUAGGACCAGACAGGCAAUUGGACAGACAUCUAUGGCUUAUUGAAUUGUUGAGUGUCUUCUUAGGCAGCAGGAUUUAACACUGUCAGGGUCCUCACUUAGUGGCAUUCCUCAGCUUGAAGUUAGUGCCACAGUGCACAGUAUGGGGUGUACAUGGCCUUAUAACUUAGAGAACGUUAAUAGCAGACUUUUGAAAAUGUUUACUGUAGCUCUCAUUUUGGUUGAUGGUUAGUUUGCUGUUGCUCAUGCUGUAUUCUGGCAGGCCUGGAAUUAUUGGUCCGACUUUUGUAAGCUCUUGUGUGCAGCUCAUUCUAGAGAUGGGUGGCUGCUGAAUACCUUUUUGCUGUCUAGAGGAGAAAGGGAUGAUUGAUCAUAGCUGAUAUUUCCAAAAGGUUUGUAUGUUUGGAGGUCUCAGACCAUCAACCCCUUUGCCUCCUGUCAUACAAUCUAGAGUUACUGUCUGCUAUUUCUCCCAAAUUUUGUACAUUUGCAUUGGUUAUAUGGAUCAAUGGGUUUGGUGAAAUUGCUUUCCAUAAAGGGAAAUCAACAUAUGCACACAAAAGAAUAGAGAAUUUAGCCACCUCAAAUGGUAUUAUCGCAUUGGGGAUAUGAUGGAUGAAUCUAUGGUACAUAGUCCUUAGCUUACAUUUUUUUGUAUUAUUUUUGUCUGUCUGCUGAUGAAAUAUGGAAUAAAAAAGGGUAAUCAGGUGGUCAACACGGCACAGCAAUGGAGAAAUCAAAGCAAAGAAUUUAGUCAGUGAUUUUAACCAGGCUCAAAAAUUAUUGUCCACAAAUUUGAAAUACUCAUUUGUCUGCUGAAUUUCCCACCCUGUAUACAAUACAACCAACUUAUUUACUGCUUAAUGUGCCCAGUGAACCAAACUUAGAACUACAUUACCUAUUAGUAGUAAGUGGAUGUCUUCAGUCCAGAGCUGCAAUUUCAAUUUUUAACUACUGCUGAAUGUGUGAAUAUUCCUUUUCCAAUAGCCUUGAAAGAUGGUUAUUGUUUUCCCCAAGUGGGGCCUGCUCUGCCUGAUAGACUUUCUACGUAUUACCUCCAAGAGCACUUGAAGCCUGUAGCUUGAUUAUGAACCAAGUUUUAUUGCUCUUGAAAUUCACCCUUUUCCUUUUUCAUUCUUUGUUCCUUGUUAAAGUGUGAAAUGAUAUGGUUGUAUUGUUGUGACGUAUCCACUCAGUGCAGCUCAGUACAAGGAGGAAGUGUGUGUUUUCAGAGUUGAAAUGGAAUAGGACCUGACACUAGCAUGAAUGCACGCUUCUGGGGGCUUAGACCUAAGUAGAGCUGCAGAAGAUAAUGCUGGGAUGGCAUCUUUGCAUUAUGUAGUUCAAAUGACGCCAGACUUGCUGAACUUAGCAUACAUAAAGUAUAUAUUUAUGUAUUUUUGCUGAUUGUAGAGAAUGAUGCCAAUGUUGCCAAACAGUUUAAAAAACUGUCACUGAUCCAAAUGCUGUCACCGUCUUUUUUUUUCCCUUUUCCAAGCAAGUGUGGAGUCAUGUACACUUGAACAGCGUUAUUAUGCCUUAAAGCUGUAGUUUGGUUCUUGCACUUUUGUUUAAUUGCACUAUGGCCUCUACAGUUACAAUAUGUUCAUGCUUUGAAGAGCACAAUAUGGUUGGCAUUUAAUUGUAAAAAGUAACAUGUAAAGAUGAAUAAACUUUUG